UGCAAAGCAAGCACUGCUAUCCUCCAAGCCUCUCCCUAGCCUCUUUCUCUUACUCUUGGUCAAGAGUAAAGAGCGUCUUUUGCUGCUAAGUUGAGGUUGGGUCUUGUUACUGGGUCCAUAAUUCCAAGGAGAAAAACAAUCUAGUUUUAGACUGAAACUCAGACACAACAUUUUCUUCCUUUUUCUGUAAUUAAGGUCAGUUCAUCUUUCCCCCUUCCUUUCAUUGUUGUUAUAGCCACGCCCCCAGCCUCUGACUCACAGAAGGCUGGAGAAGGUUCUUGACUUGUCAUCAGCCCAAAAGGAUGGGCUCCUGUCCACUUAGCUGGAUUUCUACAUUCCCUGUCUGUCACCUGGACCAUCUUACUGGUCUCUUUGUCAUGAAAGGCAGCAUACCUAUAGAGUCUGGAAUCCGGGCAUCUUUCUGGGGACUCGAUUCUGCCACAAAGUAUCCAUGCAGCCUCUGGGCUUCAGUGUUAAGUGUGGUGCCUGUGUUUCUAUUUCUCUAAAUCUCCCCCCCUAAAGACGAAUUCCAAAAUUUGCUAUGAAGCCAAACCUCAUAAAUCCUGUCAUUUUCUUGUAAAUACUUCGGUAAUCUUCUCUGAUAGGGACCUUAGGAAAACAGGACCAAAAGCAGAGUGCAGGGGUGCACACAUCUGGUUCAACUGUCGGAGGCGGCUGAUGAUGGAGUCCGAGGUCAGCCUGAACUAACGAGCAAGACACUAUCUCAACCAAAACCAAAAAGACACGUUUAACAAGAUAAUUAAUAAUUAUCAAAUGUCAUUUAACAUCCAGCCUAUGUUUAUAUUUCCCAAUUUGUUCACAAAUGUCAAAAAAAAAAAAAGCUUGAUUGAGGAAUCUCAGGAUUUCUCUGUGGAUGAAGACACUUUGCACUUGUAACCAAGUCUGAUGACCUGAGUUUGAACCUUGGUGACCAUACAGUGGAGGAAGAGAACCGCUGGUAAGUUGCACUCUGAUUCCUUUUGCACCAACAGUGUGCGUAGGUGCACUGGGGCGGGAAAAUAAGUAAAUGUAAUGAAGUUUCUUUGUAUCGAAUUAAAUCAUCAAAUAAGGCCCACAAACUGCAUUUUGCUAACUUGUAUCUCAAGAAGUAUCCUUCCUCUGACCCUGCCCCCCCUUUUAUUUUCUUGUGGCCUUUAAAAUUUUUUAAGAAAAUUAAAUUUAAAAUGAAGAAAAAGCCAUUUCAAGACAGGAUGCUAUCUAUGUAACUCAGGCUGGUACCAGGACAGGGAUCUGCUGCCUUAGCCUCCCUGAGAGCUGAGACUCCGGAGUGUUCCACCACGCCCAGAGGCAUGACGUCUAUUUUUGAAUCAAGUCUGUUUAUAGUCUUCAGGAGUUUUGCUUUCUGGUUCCGGGCUCAUGGCUUCCUGGUGUGUUAAAUACCCAGCAUGCUCUUUCGGCUCCUUUAUUUCUUAAGCUCUUUCUUUGCUGGAUUUAGUCCCCCUAGCACACAUGGCAUUACAUCAGUACGGAAAUGCCUUACUUUCGUGAUGUUAAAGUUGUUCACCUGAGCAGAGUUGGAAAGACUUAUAAUCUUUUUUAGUAGAUAGCGACCGUUUCCUGCAUGCUUAAGGCACCCCAGGCACUGUGGCUUACUCUACAAACCAUACUCAGAUUUGCAGAACGCAACAGCGUUUGAUGGCUGGCAGCCAGCGCAUAGUUUCGCACUUAAUGCGCUUCUUGAAUAAUGGGUUAAAGACCCUGGUGCUGUUUUACAGGCUUAAUCUAAGAAUUAUUUAAAAUAGUAGAUGUGCGAGUACCCAAAGCUGAAUAUGCGACGUUUUCUUGUCACUAAGAAGAAACAGGACCCCACAAUAAACCUUUGGCCGGCUCAUUUACACACGACGCCUUCCGUAGUAUUUUUGCAAAAGCCGUUUGCUGGGCUCCGGAGAAGGCAAAAGACUGAAGACAAAAUCGCUCGAGCCAGCCGGCCGGAAGGGCUCUCGUGGCUUCCUGCGUUGAUUCCUUACAGUGUCACCGCGGGCUGGGACUUUGGCCUCGGGGUGGCAGGCGCCACUGCAGCCGCUGUGUAGCGCACAGGCAGCCCUCGUGGUCCCAGGCGCGCGGCUGGGUCCCCAACGGGCCCAUCCUCCAUUUGUACAUCACCACCGGCGUCAGGCCGCUCCCUCCUGCUGCCGCCCUGGGCAGCGACUUCCCGGAGGCGCCACGAUCCCCGGCUGGAGGAAGGACGCAGGAGGGCCCCCGGAGGAUGGCACCGGAGAGCUGAGGCCGCCGCACCCCGGCACCCCGCUUGACUGUAGUCUGGUUUUGGAAUGUAGAUGCCAGCUUGGAACCUUGGUACCCAACUCAACCUAGGAGCAGCAUUCUUUAAAUGGUACAGCUCACGGCUGGGCCCGUCUCCAUCCUCCUCGGGGUUCCACGGAGGGUUCUCGAUGAACUUGGUCCCCUUCUGCCGGCAACCCCUGGGCAGGAGACAUGGCUCUCCUCAGAUGGGGACUGGGAAGACAGAACGUCCACCGGUCGAGCAGGGUGCUCCUGCUGAAACUCACAGUCAUCGUCAUCUCUGUGCUUCUGCUUUGUGAAUAUUUCAUCUAUUACCUCGUCAUCGUUCGGUGCCGCUGGCCAGAGGUGAAGACACUAGCCCACGGCGAUGGCCAGGAGCCCGUACUGAAAGCCAUGUUUCUGGCUGACACUCACUUGCUUGGGGAGAUAAGAGGACAUUGGCUGGACAAAUUACGGAGGGAGUGGCAAAUGGAGAGAGCCUUUCAGACAGCUCUGUGGUUGCUGCAGCCAGAAGUCGUCUUCAUUUUGGGGGACAUCUUUGAUGAAGGGAAGUGGAGCACUCCCCAGGCCUGGGCGGAUGAUGUCCAGCGGUUUCAGAAGAUGUUCAGGCACGGCAGCCACGUGCAGCUGAAGGUGGUUAUCGGCAAUCAUGACAUUGGCUUCCACUAUCACCAUGGGUGUAUCAGUGCCAGUCUGAGCAUUAACUCCCUGCCUCUUCUUGGCUGCCAGCUGCUGUGGUGGCUCCAGCCUCGCCUGGUCCUGAGUGGCCACACACACAGCGCCUGCGAGGUGCUCCACCCGGGAGGAGUGCUCGAGGUGAGCGUCCCGUCCUUCAGUUGGAGGAACAGAAACAACCCCAGCUUCAUCAUGGGAAGUCUGACAUCCAGAGACUACGCUCUCUCCAAGUGCUACCUCCCAUUUGAGGACAGGGUGCUGACCACCUAUGGCGCGGUGGUUAGCUUCCUUGUGCUCCUCGUCCUAGCUCACUUUGAACGCUUGCCUUCCUCUCUUCUGUCCGGUUGGAAGCGGUGCAGAACGCACAUGAGAAGAUGAUGAAGCCGGUGAUUGUUGCCUCUUGGUAAUAUCAAUCAACACCAAAGGCAUAGGACUUGUGGUGGGGCUCAUGUGAGCCGCGGAGGUGAGCAAAUAGUAGUGACUGUCCUUGUGCGCAUCAUGGGGAUUCCAAAUCAUCCACGCCAGUGGCUGCAGAGUAGACGGCUGCCUGGCCUGCUCUCGUGCUAUGAAAACAGAACAUGUACUCGACAACACGUCUGUCUUUUUGUUUUAUCAAAUAUAUGUAGAAUCAAAGGGUGCAUCUGUACAGUAUGUAAAUGUCAUGGACACUGUCACUUGCAUGCACAACACACAGCCCUUGCUUCCCCAGAAAGGACCCGGCAGUCUUGGUGCACGUUGGAGGCUUCGUGUGCACCGAAGAGUUGGAUUUUUCUCUGUCCCUCUCUGCAGUGGCUCUCAAUUUCUCAUAGAUCAUGAAGUCGUAUGCUCAAAAGGACAGAUUCAAUAUGCAGGAACUUGUUUCUGUGCUGAUGGAAUCAGAUUUUUAGUUAAGUGUGAUUUUCUCUUUAGGAGAAAAACCUGUCACAUCUGAUUCAAUGCCUGUUGGUGAUUCAAACUUCAAAAAUGGAGGACCUGGAUGUUUGAAUUUGAAAAUAAAGCAUAUAUUUUUUUUCCCUAAAGGAGUCUGGAUCUUUAUAAUGAUCGAAUCUUAUUAAUUUAUAUUUCUUCUAUUCUGAUUGAGCUCAGGGCUUCUGCAUGCUGAGUGUGUGCUCUGUCAGAGUUAUACAUUCAGCCCCUAGAACACUUUUAAAUAGUUCUUUAGUAACAGGGAACUGUUAGUGGUAUAAAACUUCACGUGUAUGUGUGUGUGAGCUUUUCUUCUUGCUUGGAACGUGCAGGGGAACUGAAAGUCACUUUCCUGUCGUGUGUGGGCUCAGCCGGAAGUUUGUGCAGCAGUGGAGAGUGGUACAGACAGCGGCGAGGAGCCGAGGAGCGUGCUGUCGCGACCGAGGCUGCCGUCCUUUCCCAGAGGAGCAUCUCAGCCACGAGGAGUGUACAAAGCAUUACGCAAUGCCGACUUAAGUGGAAUAAACUUGAGACAACAAUAAGUAGAUGAAUAAGUAAAGUAACACAGGCGGUCACUCCUGUGUGUUUGUACUGAUGAAUAUUUAACCUAGGACAUCUUGACAGAGAACUCUAAGCCUAAGAGAACUAUUCCCAGAGCCUUGGCCGUAGGUAGCGCCAACAGUGCCCUGACGCAGCUGCUGUUAUGUUCUAGGCGUUCCUACCGUAUACUCGAGGUUGCGGCUGCAGAUCUCACAUGUGGGGAGCAGCCAUACAGUCUGUCUUUAUAUUUAAAACAAAGGUUUUUGUGGGGCUGGCGUUAUGGCUGUGGAUAAGGAUUAGCAGUAGAGUGCUUGCCUAGCAUGCUCCAGGUGCUGGGCUCGUCCCUAGCAAUGCAGAUAGAUAGAUACUAAGUAAAUAGCUUUGUAGUAUUUCAUCUUCAGAAGGUGCCGUCCUUCCUGCCCUCACUCCGCUACAACAUUGACGCUACUUCACUUUCCUCUGGUCACCUGUUUAUCAUAAGAUGGGACUGUAUCUAGAACUUAACUAGGGGGUAGUAGGCCUGCUCCUGCCUAGGGAACCUGAAGGAGUCUUCAGAAACAUUUCAUCUGUGUGCGGGGGGGGGGGGGGGGGGGGGGGGGGGUAGGGGGAGAGAAAACCCUUAGUACCCUAAAAAAAAAGUAGCUUCUAAUUUAUGCCUUGGAAUUGGGUGGUCCCAGUGUUUGCAGCAGCUGAGAUUCAGAGCAAUGAAAGCUGGCGGCUGCGACAGUUCCAGUAUUGGGAUGGCACUGCUGGUCAAGUAGAUGAUUCUGUAACGAUCGUCCAUAAAUACCAACCUGAUAAAAAAAUAUCCCAAGAUGAACAGAUCCCACCGAUUCCCCGCUGUGUCUGCAGCAGGUUGUGUGGACCGCAAGCUGCUUGGCACAGCUGGGACAUAUUUCCUUACAGGUGGGGCCAUCACCAAGGCACAGAACGCUACAAGGAGGAGGUUUUGUUAGGAGUCAUACAAAAGAGUAUUACAUUGUGUGGGUCUGUACAGUCUAGUAAAGCAACAACAAAGAGAAACUAGGAAAGACCAUGCCCAGCUAUCAGGAAGGUGUAGAGGACACCCCCAUGUAUAGACAGGACACAGUUUGCAGUAGUGAACGGGGCAGCUUUUCUGCCUAAAUGUAAGAGGCUCUGA